CGGGCGCUAUAAACAGAGCACUGCAGCUUUUGCUUUGCUACACCAAGUUCACUUCUUACUCCCAGGCUAGCGCCUUCACUCCUAGUCCUCAAGAGCCCACUCAACCAAACUACGGUUCGUGAGAGGACCACAUCGGAAGUUCAGAACCCGUCGGAGAUAAUGGCAGGAACGGUGCUGAGCAUGGCGAGGUCCAUCAUGGCGGGCGCCAUUAGCAAGGCCGCCUCCGCUGCCGCCGACGAGAUGAGCCUCCUUAUGGGUGUGCGCAAGGAUAUCUGGUUCAUCAAAGACGAGCUAGCAACGAUGCAGGCUUUUCUGGGUGCUGCUGAAGCAAUGAAGGAGAAAGACAUGCUACUGAAGGUGUGGGCAGAGCAAGUAAGGGAUGUUUCCUACAACAUUGAAGACUGCCUUGGUGAAUUCAUGGUGCAUGUGGCAAGUCAAACCUUGUCGCGGAAGCUGAUGAAGCUCAAAGACCGCCAUCGAAUCACCAUCCAAAUCCGUGAUCUCAAAUCAAGAGUUGAAGAAGUGAGCAGCAGGAACACACGGUACAACCUGAUUCAGAAGAACCAAAUUACCACAACCAUUGAUGAGAGGGAUUCUUGCAUGGAAGAUAUCCGCAACCAGUCGGCUAACAACAUUGAUGAAGCGGAACUUGUGGGGUUCUCCAAGCCCAAACAAGAGUUGAUAAAUCUCAUAGAUAUCCAUGCCAUAAAUAGCCCUGCUCAGGUAGUGUGCGUCGUCGGCAUGGGUGGUUUGGGUAAGACUACUCUUACAAGGAAGGUUUAUGAAAGUAUGGAGAACUUUUCUUAUUGUGCUUGGAUCACUGUCUCGCAAUCAUUUGUCAGGAUGGAGCUUCUCAAGGUUAUGAUCAAAGAUUUUUUUGGCGAUGAAGCAUUGAAGAAGCAGCUUGAAGGUAAUGCAGUGCGAGAAGAGGACCUCGCCAACUAUCUGAGGAAAGAGCUGCUUGAAAAGAGGUACUUUGUUGUACUUGAUGAUUUGUGGAACAUAGAUGAUUGGAACUGGAUAAAAAAUAUUGCUUUUCCGAGUAGGAACCAUAAAGGUAGUCGGAUAAUGGUAACAACGCGAGAUGUCGGUUUAGCUGAGAAGUGCUCAUUGGAAUCUUCCGUACCACUUAUCUACCACCAUCAACCCCUAGAAACAAAUGAUGCCAUACACUUGCUACUAAGGAAGUCUAGGAGAAGUGAGGAGGACAUGAAAACUGAUGUGAAAAUGAGGGAAAUAGUUACGAAGAUAGUCAAAAAGUCAGGUCUGUUACCACUAGCUAUUCUCACAAUAGGAGGCAUGCUAGCCACUAGAGAGGUUAGUGAAUGGCAAAGUAUUUACAACCAGAUCCCCAUAGAACUAGAGAGCAACCGAAGUCUUGAAGCAAUGAGGAGGAUAGUUACUCUGAGUUACAUCCACUUGCCUUCUCACCUUAAGUCGUGUUUUCUAUAUUUAAGCAUAUUUCCUGAGGAUUUUGAUAUCCAAAGGAGGCGUCUGGUAGAAAGAUGGAUAGCCGAGGGAUUUGUUAUAGCCAGGGAUGGGCUAAGCACUGAGGAGGUUGGAAAUAGUUACUUUUAUGAUCUAAUCAACCGAAGCAUGAUUCAGCCAUCAAGAGUGAACAUAGAAGGGAUUGUGAAGAGCUGUCGAGUCCAUGAUAUCGUUCGCGAUGUCAUGAUAGCAAUUUCUAGAGAUGAGAAUUUCGUGUGCGUGGCAGGGAAUAAUUUGACUAGUGUUGUAGAUAAGACCUUCCGCCAUGUAGCAUACCAUGGUAUCAUGCGCCAAAAUAUUGGCAUAGAUUGGGGCCACGUCCGGUCACUAACUGUGUUUGGUGAGAGAUCAUUGGGGCCAUCACCUUCAGUUUGUUCACCUGACAUGAGAAUGCUCCGGGCCUUGGAUCUAGAGAAUGCAAAGUUUCAAGUCACACAAAAGGAUAUCAGCAAGAUAGGACUGUUUCGCCACUUGAAGUAUCUGAAUUUUUCUACGCUUCGAGGAUAUUCAAAUAUUUAUAAACUUCCUAGAUCCAUAGGAAAAUUACAAGGCUUGCGUACUUUGAACAUAAGCGGCAGUUAUAUUACAGAACUGCCAACUGAGAUUAGUAAACUCAAGAGUCUACACAGUCUCCGUUGUACCAGGAAAUGGUCCUACCGCUGGUUUGACCUGGAUGACCGAAAGGAAUGCUUGGUGAACACACUUUGUAUGCCCGUGCUAUUCCAGUUCACACCUUUGGUUGAUCCUAGUGAGCGUGAUGAGGUAGUUGCUGAGCGACACAUGGCAUGGUCUAGCCUUUGGUCAAAGUCAUAUGGUGUGAGGGUGCCAAAAGGAAUCGGCAAACUAACAGAGCUGCAAAUACUAGAGCUUGUGGACAUCAGCCGAACCAGUGGCAAAGCAAUUAAAGAGCUAGGUGAGCUUGUGCAGCUGAGAAAACUGAGAGUGGAAACAGAAGGGGCCACCAAACAAAAAUGCAAGCUACUCUGUGAUGCCAUUCAGAAGCUCACUUGCCUCCGCUCUCUUAAAGUGGAUGGUUCACUCGAGUGGCUGCAUGUUGUUUCCUCUCCUCCUCCCCUGUUGAGGAGUCUGAAGUUGGAUGGAUGCCUUGGAGAGAUUCCUGGCUGGGUUGGCAGUCUGAUGCAUCUGGUGAAGCUUCAAUUAUGGCGCAGCGUAAUAAAGGAAGAAGGUCAUAUUAUGGAAAUAAUAGGGCCACUUCCCAACCUCAUAGAGCUUUGUCUUGGAUACACCUCUUAUAUUGGGGAGAAGUUAGCGUUCAAAACGGGAGUAUUCCCAAAUCUCAAAAAACUUGAUAUUUGGAAUCUGCGGCAACUGAGAAAGGUGGAAUUUGAGGAAGGCACCGCUCCCCACCUCGAAAUUAUCGAUAUCACUUUAUGUGAGUUGAGAUCUGGAACUAUUGGUCUCAAAUACCUCCCAAGUCUCAAGGAGUUUUCACUUGGUUACAAUGGUACAGUGGCGAGGCUUGGUAUGCUGCAAUGUGAGAUGGACGCACACCCUAACCAUCCCAUUCUGCGACUGACAAUGGACCGGAACAAACACGACCUGGGGGACAGGUCAAGCCAAAACCCUGAAAUAACGGAGGUCCAAGGCUCUGCUUUGAUGGAAGAUGAUUUCUGGUCCUGCAACUCCGACGACGAUGAUGCUUGAUAAUUUGGAGAACUUCUUUCAGAAUCUCCGCAUAGGUUUCAUACAGGAAGAAACGGAACAACUGUUCUAGAUGAGAAGUGAGAAGGAAGCUUCUCAACCAUCUUGUGCUGCCAAGGGGCACUGAAUAAUAUCAUGUCAAGCGAAGUUGGAAGCCACUGGAUUUCUUUCUGACCCAGGAGUGAGCUCACAUGUUUCACACUCAACAGUCCACCUCCAAAGGGCGAUGGCUGUCGGGGAGGCAAUGGACUAUAAUGGACUAUACAACACAAGAUACCAGUAUCAAUUAAGCUGCUUUGUUACUAUGCAAUUGGUCAUCGUAUUCAACUUCCAAGUUCUCUGCUGGUGGACUCUAAGCAACAAAGUGAAGCUAAGAUACAACAUUUAUUUUUGAAAAGGAGGAAGACCUCCGGCCUUUGUAUCUAGGCGAUGCCUGAUGAGAUGUAUCUUAGCUCUGAUGAGAUGUAGUAAUUAAUAAUGCUCUGUAUUUGAUCUCAGCUUGGGAGAAGACGUGGAAGAUGCAAUGCACUACACACACUAGAUGCUGCUAGUAAUGAAACUGCAUAGAUAUAAGUUCAGCCCUCCAAGUUCCCUGCUGGCUGGUGGCCUCUGAUAUGGUGCAAGGUGAAGCUGACCACUGUGAAUGGAGCUUCAAUGUUACGGAGGGGAGUAGCAAGCCGCACUGCCAUUUUGAUAACUCAAAAGGAGUCUACAAGAAGAAAUUGCUGGCCCAGAUGAUAAUUGCUUCUGGAGGAACACCAUGGAAUGGAAUGGCCGCCAACCUGAUGAGAACACAGGGUUACUUUAUCUUCGAGUACUCUAUUUUUUCACAGAUGUUUAGUUCAUCUAAGCAUGUUGCUGCCCCUAUGCUUGUGCUUGUUUGUAAUCAAAGAAUGACGGUAGCAUAUCUUUCUUUUUUUUUGAAUUGUUUGAAUUGCAUACACAUGUCAUGUGGUAGCAUAUCUUGUUACCCAAGCUCUGCAAAUUUAAGAACAUGUUUGAAUUCUCGGA